AACGAAGAUGGAGGAUCGCGCACCGCCGGUGUUCGCGUUCGGGAUCAUCGCGGACAUACAGUAUGCAGAUAUCGAGGACGGUUUAAAUUAUCUGAGAACACGCAAACGCUUCUACAGGAACAGCCUCCAGCUGCUGCGCAACGCGACGCGCCGCUGGGAAGAGCAGCGCGUCAGGUGCGUCCUUCAGCUGGGUGACAUUAUUGAUGGGUUUAAUAAAAGCAGCAGCGCUUCGGAACAGGCUCUACACACCGUUAUCGGGGAGUUUGACAAGAGCUCGGCGGAUGUGCAUCACGUGUGGGGCAAUCACGAGUUUUACAACUUCUGCAGGGAAACGCUACUCGCUUCCCCGCUCAACAGCGCGGCGAAAGCCGGAAGUGGAAGUGACCUACUAGCGAAUGACAUUUACGCGU